GUGAGGUGAGUGAGUGUCGUUGCAUCGCCAGGACGCGAAAGCAGCAUUAUAGAAGACCGUGCAGUCACGAGUCUGGUUCACGAUUGCGAUCCGCAAUUCACGGCUGAUGAUGGGCGUUGGCGGUGCAGCUAUCGCAAUCACAACCACAGACCUGAGCCGCCCCUCGCCCUCUCUCCUGAUGUAUGCUGUAUACUCAAACUUCCCAACUGUGAUUGCGCCCAGUCCACAUGCUUCCCGCGAACCAUAUCCAGCAAUCGUCUAUCACCCUCACGAUCAUCUCUUGCCAUCAGCUGUGCACAAAAGUCAUUCACAACCAGCACUCGUGACUGAAGCUCAUGCAACAGCACAAACCUUCGGUGGCCACACAUCGAACGUGUCCUACAGACUGAUCAGCACAGGUGCAAGCUGCCAGCAGCUCUUUGCACUCACAACGUGCACAAUUUUGUAAGGCAAGGCGAUCAGACUUCCACCUUCAUCAGGACAGUAUCCCAGCGGCAGCCCCACUCGGAGCCUUGCCGAAGCAUCA